AUGGAUUCUCAGUAUUCACGGCAAGACUCAGAGCAUGGAAAUGCUGAUGAGGUCUGUCAAGUGGCUAACAAAAUGCCUCCAAGAGGUCCCAGCUUUAUUGUAGAGGAGGAUAAACUUCUUAUAAGUGCUUGGUUGAAUACUGGUAUGGAUUCAAUACAAGGCAAUGAUCAAAAGCUGCAGACUUUUUGGGGGAAAAUUACAGAGUACUAUCAUCAGUACAAGUCCUUUGACAAUGAUCGUUCACAACCGAUGCUGACACAACGGUGGGGAAAAAUACAAAAGAUGGUGAACAAAUUUUCAGGAUGUUUUGCAGCUAUAAAUGAAAGGCAUGAAAGUGGGAAGACUGAACAAGACAAGUUUUUACUCUCUUCAGACUGCAGAUGGAAAGAAGAUAUUGAAGCACAAGAAAAGCUUUGGUUCAAUCUUGAUCAUGCUUGGAUUUUGUUGAGGCACCAACCAAAGUGGAUACAAUUAAUGCAAGAGCUGGACAGCAAGAAAAGUAAGCAAAGAUCUAAGUCUUGUAUAACUAAUAUCUCAUCAUCUUCAACUACAGGCCCUCUCAUAGAUAUUGAAGAAGACACGAACACUUGCUUUCCAGUGUCUAGACCACCGGGUAAGAAGGCUGAGAAAAGAAAGCUGAAAGAAACCACUGAUCAAUUGGUGCAAAUACAAAAAUUACAUCAAGAGAAAAAAGAAAGAGAUGAAAAGAAACUAGAAAUUAUGAAGGAGAAAGUUGAAGUUGACCAGGAGAAAGUUGAAGUUGACAAGGAGAAACUGCGAGUUAGGAAACUUGAGGCUGAGAAUAGAAAAUUUGAGGCUGAGAUGAGAAUUAUGUCUAUGGAUACAUCUACUAUGAAUCCUGAGCAGAGGGCAUAUUAUUCCAAAUUUCAGAUGAAAAUUUUGCAAGGUGAUAUAUGA